UGGUGGGUGUGCGUUUACAGCCAGAGGAGCGGCUGCUGGGUCCUGCCUUGAAAGCAUUUCUGCUUGAAAGCUACCUUCGUGGGCAUAAAAAACCCCACCACCCAUAAAAAUCAAGCGUCAAACCCGAGAUGCAAACCUUCCCGUUUGACUGAAGAAGUCGUGUGUCAGUAGCGUCAUCCCGCUGCCUGCAGCAGUGCUGUGCAGCAUUCGCUUAGUUGUGUUGGGAGCACAGCGAGGUGUCUGUCUUCGUGAAGUCAUGCCCUGAGAGCUGUCAUUCAGAAACAUGCUUACAAACUUUAAGUAUUACUCUUAAGUCUGUUUCCUGCUGAACGCUUUUUACGGACAUCUUACCGUUGUCUGACAGCUUAUGGUUUGCAGUUAGCUGUCGCUUAUACCAUCUGUUCCAGUAAUAAAAGGAGAUGCAACAAGUGUUUCUGCAUUAUUGCAUAUUUUCCAGAGCACACUUUUUGCUUUCUAAUCUUUUGCAUACCUAGUGGUUAUGUGCAGCAUUGAUAACUUUGGCAGCAUUUGGAGUAAAAUUUUCAGAGCAAUGUGAUAUGACCUGACUACAGCAGAACGCUGACUGGGACUGUUUGUUGCCACGUGUCGUCUUUCACACCGUGAUUUUAACCUUAAAUGCUGCCAUGCUUUUCCAGGGCAAAACCGUGCCAGAGGCUGUGCAGUUUAACGGUUGGAAGUAGCUGCUCUGCUAAGUGCAAUAUUAACAACAAGGAAGUGUUUUCAGGGAGGGCUUAAUAACUCAAAGAUCAGAUGUGUAAUGUUUCUCACUUAUUAACCAGAUGGACUUUAAAAGAUGAUCCCUAGUUUCUAGGCUAAUCAGUUCUGACACAUCCUGCCUGGGGUAGUGCAGAAUUUAGAGAUGUAACGCUCAGUGGGUUAAAAAGAGCUGAAAUAAACCUAUCCAAGACUUAAAUGUGACAGAAGCAGAGUUUGAUGGAUGCAAAUUAUGAACUUUUAGAGAAGAUAAGUGAGAUUGAAAGGGCCACUGAAAUAUGAACACAGUGCUGUUAUAAGAACUUGAACUUGUUUCUGCUCUGGUUAUCUGUUCCUUUAAUGCUCUCCAGCAGCACCAAGCUACUCUGUUGCCAGCAUAGGUGGCCCUGCUCUAAGCAGGGCAGCGUCGACUGUUUCUGCCAGGUAGGUCAGGUGCCAAGCAGCGCCCUGCAUUCCAUGUAUUGCUAGGAGACUGCACAGGAAACGUGCUGAUCAAAAAGGGUUAAAAUUCGUAUCCCUAGGGCCUGCUUCUUCAGAAUUGUACUGUGGACUUUGUGUGGCAAACAAACAUGUAAUAGGACUUUGAGUGAAUGCCUAUAUAUUUAGCAACUGUUAGGAGUAGAGCAAAAGCACCUAGAUGUUCAGCAAUACGCAGACUCACAAGGGAAACAUCACGCAGCUAGUCCUGCUGAAGAUGUGAUUCAAAUAAGGGCUUUUCUCAUUUUCACUGCUGCAAAAAAUAGUUGAUUAUUAGCUUCAGUUUGACUCAUAAGUUCUAAAGCACUUGGCUCAACGCUAAAAAGAAAGAAACUGUUCUGUAGCAGUCAUCACCGUCACUUCAGGGUAUUACAUAGCCUUUACCUGUUGAAGCAGCUUGUUUUCAUGAUCUAACUACUUCUUGCUCCAUGGUUGAAUGCAUUAAAAUAGUGACAUUGAUUUGACAUUCCUUUAAGGAAGUAUCCGCUGUUGGGAAAAGCGAUCCCGAGAAAAGCCCAAUUUCAUCUGUUGAAGUAGAGGUAAAUGGAAACAAGGGUGUGCGUGGUGGGGUGGAAGUGCUGCCCCAUUCUGGACAUCACCAGCAACAGAUCCUGUCAGCGGCAGCUGAUGUGGGGAGAUUUGCAGAGCAAUUUGCCAGUGUGCCUUUUUUAAUUGCAACGAUCAGCAUUGUUUUUCCUCCUGCUUAACAUGUUUAGCAAUAAAAAGAGCAUUGCAUAACAUUUGUAUUUGUUAACUACUAACAUUUAUCAAAGGUUGGCUAAUUUUGGUGUGUUAUUGGCAGACCUUUGGGGAGCAGCACACGGCUCACGGCAGAUGCAUCAUGUCAGCAACAAAACUCAUGUCAGGUGAAUUUCAGAAUUAAAAUGGUUUUUGUAUUAGAAGAUCUGGAUUUUACUCCAGAGCAGUUGCCAAAAAGGAGCUCUUUAAAUUCAGUGUUUCGGCUAGAUAUUAAAAAUAGUAGCCCUGCCUUUUGUUGCCAUCAGUAAUACAUUAAAGGACUUCUCCUUAGUGAAAUCGGGCUUUUCUCUGGAUCCUUUUCCUAGCAGAUGAUAUUUUUCCUGAUUGAAUGCCAAUUCAAUAUCAAAGCAAUGAAUUAGAGCACUUAACUGAGCACAGGACAGCAAAAAUUGAAGUCAAACAGUCUAUAAAGUGUGAAAUCUGUUAAAUCAUGUAAUUCACAGCCCAGUUUUCUCUCCUCCUGCUGCCACUUCCCAGCCAGAAGCCCCCAAAUAACCAGCCAACACUUGCAAGGUCUCAUGGAGUAAUAUCAUGACAAGGCACCGCUUGUUGGGAGGUGCCAGGGGAAGGGCAACUUUGCUGUUUCCUUGGCUGACAUUGUGCAGCUCUCAAAGGACAUGUAUGAACUUGUUGGGAACACAGUGAUGUGAUCAGGUGAAAUGUAUGACCCAGAGAAAGGUAGAAGCACUGUGACAGCGUUGAUGGAGAUAAGGAUGUAGUAAGGCAUGGUGUGCAGGGAAGAGUAAUGUUGCUGUCGCAGGCCAGGUGAGAUAGGUGGGCAGAAGGACUUGCAGGCAUGAAAACUCACAGGGACUCACACUGAUAGGGACAAACCUAAUUAGCUCCGACUCAAUUGUCAGAUUAGUGCUUGUUUAAAGCCUCCCCUCCAGGGCUGCUCUCUGCAUGAUACUGUAAGCUUGUUUUCAGUAGAAAUUUUGCUUUAUUUGAAAGCAUGAAAAAAGAUGAUGCUGACUGAGGACAAGACUUAAAUGUCAGACCUUAACCCACUGUUGAAGUGAGCCAUUACAGAGUCCACAGAUACACCGAACAGUAAUGUCUAGUUUACACUCCCUGCUGUGUUUUCACUUUGCACAGAAGCUAGAAACUGUAUUCUGUCCUUAAAAGGAGAAGACUUUAAAACAAAAAAAAAGAACUUGAAUUAGAAUUUUAGCUUCAACUUUUUAGACACUGCUUUCAAGAAAAGUCUGUGCACCCUAUGCUUGCACUCUCUUCCGGGUCUGUUAAGAUCUUUUGUCUCAAGCCUUUCCUUCUGCAAGCAUCAAAAGCUGUGGUCUAGUGUGGUUUUGAUCUCUUAAGGAGCUUUUACUCACAAAAGACAGACGACUUGUUCCUGUAGUGUGUCUGACCAUAUAAAGUGUUCAAGUGGAAAAAAUGGUUAGUUCAUGACUCCUUUGUGAUUCAUGGUUUCCUCCGAGUCACUACUCUGGUCCAGUGUCAUUUUCUUACAUAUGUAGCUCUAAAGCUAUAGAGGGGAUCAGCAGUAAGUUCACUGGUGCUUCGUUCAGUUGGCUGCAAGUUAGUUUAGACACUUCCAGGGUUGCGAGGUAAACUAUUUUGCAUAAAAUAGGUGGGAAAAAUAGAGUUGCAGGGGAAAGUUAAAUAGGGCACAAUGAGCAAGAAGCUUCUUAGUUCUCUAGGAAUUUCUACCAUUUGUGUUUCUGGCCAGCCUGCGUACAGAGGGUGGUAACAUAAGUGAGAUUUUCUGUCUUGGCAGGACAGUGACUGGUGGCUGCCUCCAUAAAUCUUGUGGGUAUCUGCAGCCUAGACGUGUUUUAGAGCCUGCAUGCUUGGGAAGACAGUAUUCGGUAAUACCGAGAUUAAUUUCUGAUUAAAGGAAGUGAGUAUUACUAAGAAUCAAGCUUACUAAAAAUACAAUUUAUCUGUAAAGACUGGAAGCAAGGCACUAACUUGCCGGCCUUUCUCUAAUAAGCUCAGUAUUGAAACAGCUAAAGUGAUCUUUUUAGUUGACUGUCUUAACCCAGGGGUAGCAGAGUCCCUUUCCAGGAAUGCAGGGUGGAGAGGAAAUCCAGUGCUUUCUCUCGUUUUGGCUGUUUUUCACACCACCUCCAGCUCUUAUCAGAAGCUGAUGUGUUUAGUAACUCCCUGUCCUGACUAAAUGAGUUGGAGGCAGGAGCGGUUUUCGAAAGAGCGACUCAGAGCCCGGAGCAUCAGCAGGAUCCGGAGCCCAGCCAGGCGUGGCAGAGCUCCUGGGGAGGCUUCACUUGAGCACCCUCGGGGGCUGCUGGAGUUGCUCUCCUGCACAAGGACCCGCAGACUCUCCUUGGCAGGAGCAGAGGCACUGCCUGGGAAACUGAGGUGGCAGCGACCGGCCCAUCCUAGCGAUACUCCUUGUAUCAGAGAAGUUCAAGGUUGGUUUGUGCUAGAAACAGCUAAUCACUGCCACAAUGACAUCUUCAAGCUCUGCCCAGCAUCCAGCAGCUGAGAAUGCCUGCAGAGUCACACUGGGGCAAGUUAACCAGGUGCGACCCAAACUGCCGCUUCUGAAGAUUCUGCAGGCUGCAGGCGCCCAAGGUGAAACCUUCACACUGAAGGAGGUUAUGCAUUACCUAGGACAGUAUAUAAUGGUGAGGCAGCUAUAUGACAAACGACAGCAGCACAUGGUCUAUUGUGGAGGAGAUCAGCUGGGAGAACUGCUGGGACUGGAAAGCUUCUCUGUAAAAGAUCCAAGCCCAGUCUAUGACAUGUUGAAACGGAACCUGACUUCUGCUGCAAUGGCAGAUGCUGCACAGAAUCUCGCAAAGGAACAGAGCGUCGAUAAGCCAAGCCAAGACCAGCUGAAGUUUAGCCGGCAAGAAGGUUCUGACACUGGCAUCAUGGAGGGUGAAAACAAUGCUUCUGCUUUGUCUACCUCAGAGCAAAAAUGUGAGAAUUAUGAAGACAAAGACUUAAUAGAAAACCUCUCUAAAAGCAAGAAGCCUAAACUGGACCUAGUGUUUGAGGAAUGGGAUGUAGCUGGUCUUCCAUGGUGGUUUUUAGGCAACCUCAGAAGCAAUUACAAGUCCAGAAGUAAUGGAUCAACAGAUAUUCAGACUAACCAGGACAUAGACACUGCCGUUGUUUCAGAUACUACUGAUGACUUGUGGUUCCUCAACGAAUGCCCGUCGGAUCAGAGCAGUGCUGCAGUCAAGGUGGAAACGGUUGACUGCGAGGAACUGAAAGAAGGUGGCAAAAAGGUGACCGAGGAUGCAUGUUUGCAUGACUUUGAGGAUUCUCAAUGCUUAAGUGAUGACACAGAUACAGAAGCUGCUUCUGAGGACUGCUGGCAAUGCACCAAAUGCAAGAAAUUUAACUCUCCAGGCAAACGGUACUGUUACCGCUGCUGGGCCUUACGGAAGGACUGGUACUCAGAUUGUCCCAAACUGGCUCAUUCUCUUUCUCUGUCCAACAUUGAUGCUAUGCAGAACAAAAAUGAUGAUGAAGGGAUAGAUGUCCCGGACUGCCGAAGGACUAUUUCUGCUCCAGUUGGCCAACCCAAAGACCUGUACAUGGUAGAAAACAAAUCACGUGUAGCUCCCUGCAGCUCUAUUGAGUCUUUGGAUUUGGCACGAGAGUGUGAAAGCAAGGAGUCUCUGUUGCAUUUCAGUGAGCAUAAAAAGGAGGAAGAAAUACAGUCCUUAGAGAGUAUAAAAAAAUUACUGAAUCCUUGCUUCUUAUGCCAUCACAGACCACGGGAUGGGAAUAUUGUCCAUGGAAGGACUGCUCACCUUGUGGCCUGUUUCAAGUGUGCAAAGAUGCUGAAGAAAAAGAGAUCACCUUGCCCAGUGUGUAGGAAAGAGAUUGAGAUGGUGAUCAGGAUCUUUAUGGGGUAGUUGUGCCAGUUCAGGCCUUCUCCACCAAAAGAUAGCACACGGGUUUUUUUGCACUCACACAAACCCUAACUUCAGAGCUCGGCCAGUGAAUACCAAAGAAUUUAGAUUCAAUCUGACCAAGAACACUGAGGAAUCCUCUGCAUUAAAUGAAGCAUCAUCCGCUUUUCGAUGUCCAUUUAAAUGAAAGCCUCUAGGGAGCAGGGAGUGACGGGCACAUUGGUAUCAAUGCCCCAGCUUUAAAAUUGUCUAAAUCUUCUAAUUUCAGCUCAGUGGUGUCACUAGGAUUCUCUGUUCUGACAACUGGUCCUUGAAGAAAACGAGUUUUGGAAAGAGUUAUACUUUGGCUGUUGGAGCAUUGUUCUCCAGUAAGUCAAACCCUGUGCAAUGCCUUUUAAGGGGGAGUCUGCAUCUGAGAUACAUUUAUGCAGGGAUGGGAAAGGAGGUGGGAGGGAAGGGUAGACCAAGGUGUUUGCAAUUUAGAUAAGCCAUUUCUCCAAGGAUCAGUUUGCCUGAGGGCAGUGAGAAGUAAAUAACCUGGUUUCUGAUUGUUUUGUUUGUUUGUUUAAUGUAGGUUUGUUAGAUAAGGCGAAGGUCCUCUUGCUCCCAGACUUGAAAUAAGUCCUCCCAAACGUUUAAUCCGUAGCUAUCUCAGGUCACAUGGCAAAAGAAUAGGGAGUUAUACUUUGCUUUGUUAUUGGAGCUUUUAAUUUUUAUUGAUUCUUUUUUUCACUUAAAUACAGUUCUAUGUCCUCUUGCAUAGCUUUGUUGAAGCCUGUCCAAUGUUAGCUCAGAAUCUGGUCUGCCAGCUGGAUUAAAUUAUAACAGCUCUGUGCAUGUUUUGGGAUGUUCUCAUAGCUCUCUGCUUACAGCACCAUUGCAGCUUCUACCUGCCUCGUCUCAUCAGGCCAGUCUAGAUAGAAGAUGCUCACUUUAGAGUCCAGUGUGGCUUUAACAACAGGAUAUGGGCCAUUGAGGGAAAAAAAAUAAUUCCUGUAAAGCACCAGUUGCAGCUGGUUAGUCUAUGGGCUGUGCUUGGUGUUAGUUUUUUUUAAUUUUUCUCCACUGAUUUUCUUUCCCUGUCAUUUCAUGCUUCAGAUCUGUUUGCAGCAUUUACGUUGUCCUUCAGAGCUAUGCAUGGUUGCUCUAUGGGCUGUUAAAAAAAAAAACCUCAGCUAGAACUUGCAGUUUAAAAAUGUCUAGCCCUUUUCUGAGAUUAUAUCCUAGAGUACGCUCAGAUCUUCCUCAGCCUUCCUGUUGUGCAGGGCUUUGGAGGGCCUGCAUCAUGCAGCAGUAGCUAUAGUGCCUUCACCUUUCAGGUAUACAGGCAUCUGAAUUCAGUACAGUGUGUAGAAUAAACCCGGUUUUGUCAUCUUCUCUAUAGUUGCCUCUCUAAUCUAGGAAGUACACCUGAAGACAAAAAAAGAGAAGGUAGUGCUCAUAUCUUGGUGCUUCUCUAGGCUGUUUCCACCUUGUUUUCCACACUCCUUGUGCUGGUCCAGCUACAGCAGGUCAGGCAUGCAGUGGAAGGCCCCAGAACCUGCCCAGUAGAAGGUCCCAGCAAACUGCGAUGUCAAAGUUGUUGUUUCUCUGCAAAUAUAUCAGAGUAGGUGCUAUAUGCAGUCUCUGCCUACCACUGCCAAAAGUCAGGUCCACUUUAUAUUUUGCGUAGUAUUGUGAUUAUUUCUAUGUUGCCUAUUAUUUAGACUAUUGUUGUUGGCUGUUAUUUACAGUUGUAUUUGAAAAAUCGGAAGAUAACCGUCUGGUGUUUUGGUGCACUAUCUAUAAGUCCAUGGGAAUCAAUCCACAUGGAAAAGCUGACUUACUGCUCCCUUAACUGAAGGGCUGUUAAAUUGCUGGUGAUGCACUUUAAUCAUGCUAAGAUCAGCAGCGUUACCGCCUGGAAUCACCGAAGGGAGUUCCUGCCAGGUAGUUUCUUUCCUUUUAAGGGUCUUGGGCUCAGCAGGGUGCGUUGUGGCACUUUGUGGCACUUCUGAAUACUGUGAAUUCCCCCUCAUCCCGAUUGCUUCUGAGAACUAAAUGUUUUGCUAAAAAGCGGUUUUACUGAAUUGUUCAGAUCUGGCCGCACUGAAAAGCAUGUGAUUUGUGUUGACCAAAAAAAAAGUCAGGAGAGUUUAAGUUCCAGUAAUGGGGUUGAAUAUCACUACCAAAAUCCUACUGAGAUCUGUAUGCAGCUUCCAUUAUUAAAUGAAAAUUGUUGUCAGUGUGGCAGUUUGUGAUAAAAAGCAAAUCUGCAGGAUAACUUUCAGUGUAACUAUCUUUGUAUCUGUGACUUCUUGUUCAGUAUAACCAUAGUGUUUACACAUGCAUUUGUCAAGUUCUUAAUUCUUUUUAGCAGAAAUAGUUAGUGGACAUAAGAUAUCACAAUGUUACAGUUGAUUUUCCUUCCUAUAGAAGUAUAAGCUAUUGCAGUGCAAGCACGUUGUGUGUAGCUGUAACUGCCCAGUUGUGGCUGAGGCUUGGGGCGGGGGGGGGGGGGAGUUCUAGUGCAGGACAAGGCGAGAAGAAUGUUUUAUUGCUUUAACUUAAGUCUAAGUCUAAAGAAGUAGCAAUUUACCAAGAACUGCUCUUCUGACACUUUGUAGGAAGUGCAGACUUGAGGUAUGGGUUGAAGAACUAGCUCAAAGCACUCAGCUACAAUACUUAACGUUGCAGUGCAGAUGAGAGAUUGGCCAGGCGGUGUUAUUACUUUCCUUUUCUGCAGAUGUGGCAGUUAAUGUGGAGUCCUAAUUCAGAAACCCAUUUUUUGGAGGAGCUAAGCAUUUACCUGAGAUGGGUAUGAACUCGGGUUCUCUGAAUCCGUCAUUGGUGUCUCAUAGUGGAUGACAGUUCUUCUCUCUUACAGUGGUUUUACUAUGAAGUGCAAUAUGAGAGAAGAGGUCCUUGGUAAUCUUUAGCAGUCAUUGCUGCAUGUCUGUUAGAGGAAGUGUUGAGUGCAGCUGUCUUUCGAUGCCCAGACUAAAAAAGUUUAUCUGUUUCACUGCUUUUUUUCUUCGAUGACGUUGGUUGCUGUUCCGCAGGAACCUGCUAAAGUCUCAAAGGCACAAGUGUACCUGUAGGUCAGAUUUCAUUACUAGAUCCCUCUGCUUUUCCACCAGAAGUUUUGGCACUAGUUAUGCCCAGAACCAGCAGAUUUCUUACUUUAGUGGGUAUUUAAAUACUGUAUAGUGCCGUUCAGCACAUUAUAGUGCUCUGCAGUUUGAAACCAUACGUAUAUGUAAACUCUCUGUAUUGGCAGCCAGAGGUACAGACGUUGCAUUUACUCCUGAAAGUCUUUCCAGUUUAAGUGCCUCUUCUCAGUUACUCUCAGUGACUCUGUUUACUGACACACACAGCACAUCAGCCUUUUCUUCAGCUCUCUCUUCAAAAAUCUCAGCGUCCCUCCUCUGCUGAGAUGUAUUAUCGAGCCAAUUUAGCCUAAACAAAGCCGCUACAAGAAUUACAAAGAUCCUUUGGAGCACCUCCCCAGAGUGCUUAUUUCUUCUGAACGGUGGGUGUUGCCAAAGACAGCUAUGAACUUUGUGCCUGUGCUACGUAUUUAUUACGGUGCGUGACUGUGAUGGAAACCAUAAUGCAGCUUGCCAGGGUCUGCUCCAUCCUUCUGUGUCCAACAUAGAUUGUAUCUGAUACCGAGAAGCUGUCCUUGCAGAGAAAAAAGUGGCUGUUGGACAAAUGGAAGUGGAAAUGGAGUGGAAACUGAGUGUCUCAAAACGCAUCGGGGUAGCUUCCUUUUGCCUGCUCACACUCUGCCUCUUCUGAGCUUCAUCUUCCAGUCCUGGAAGAAAAAACAAAAUGGUCUCACUAGAGGCCUUCAGUGAUGCCUGACUGUUUUGGAAGAUGCCAUGAUUAAGUGAUUGAAGGAAGAGCCGGGACACUGGUCUCCAUUCUGUCUGUCCAUAAGCUGAGCAAGGAACUCCUCAAGUCCUGUGCAUGCUCUUCGGCCACCUAUACAUUUGCAAGCAGCAUCAGGAUCUUUGAAAAGGAGAUACUGUGAGGCCAUUCUAUCAAGAGCAAGAAUGAGACUCACAAAUGAUAUGGGGGUGAUAAACUGUGUUUGGAACAGCUCUGGAAGCACAGAUGACCUUUGGACAGCAGCUUUUCUGCUCUGGAAAUCCUUCAGUUAUCUGUCCACAGUGACAGGAAUUUCCCUUUGAAAACAGGUGAGACCCUGCUUGCGACUACACGGUAGUGUCUGGCCAGCAGAACAGUCAGCUGCCACUAGCUGGGUUACACAUCCCAUCAACUUGCUCUCUGCACCUUAUUAUGAUUAAUACAGGCAGCUGUUGUGAUUGCAGUCCUGUUUUUCUGUGCUAUUUUACCCUGGUAAUGUGCACUUGCUGCUCACACAUCUGUGGGGAUGCCCCAUGCCUGCUGUGCUGAGCAGGUGCUUCAAGAAGAUGCAGCCCACUGAACUCGGCAGUUAUCUUCAGAAUCUCCGACUCCUAGAAGGCAUAAUCACAUCUGAGGAUCAGUCUGAGAAGAUACUUGAAGAAGGCAGGAACAUGUACCUCUGGCAAAGAUAAAGACUUGCUGUUCUGGAAAGAGUGAUUUCCUGCUGGAUCUCCCCAUCACCCUUCCCUGCAGCCUGUUGUUCCCAGAUAUAUUUUUCUUGUUUAGAAAAACUCCAUGUCUCAACAUACACCCACACAGUCACUGCAGUAACAAGCAGGAGUGCUUGCUAAACAACAUCUGUGUGUUUGCACUAUUUAAAAAAAAGGCACGUAUCGCAAAACUGAUGACCUGUUUUUGUGUCCUGCGCAUAAUGAAUUUAAUUAAAUUGAGCGCGUUCUAUGAUAACGUAGGUUUAUUUUUUCAUUUGUACUGCGUUUCGGGGAAAACCUUUUAAGUAAAGGCCUGUUACCAGCUAA